GUUGUACAUACAUACAUGUAGUUAGAACAAGGGCCCCAUUGUUUCCCUGAUUGUGUAUGCGAACCAAUAUAACAAGUUAGUUACCACAUCGGCCAUUCUUUUGUUCUUCGUCUUAAAAGGCCUUCGUCAUUUAUUAAAGUUGUUGUUGUCUACUAAAAUCUUGUUAACCAAGAAAAAAAAACAGAACAGCUCCCAUUUGAUCUUCUGUUUUAUAGAAAUUUUUCUACACCUCCUAAUUUUCGAGAACACUACCAACCCAAGCAACUCUGAAAUACCUAUUCUUGAUAUAUAUUUUUGAGCCAUACGCGACAAUGGUUCUCAUCAAGGACGGAAGGCUUCGGCCUGCGGCCGUGAUAAUCCCACUCAUCCUUUCGAUCGCGGGUUUCGUGCUGGGGAUGGUCGCGCUCUUCGCCGGUACUGGAUCGCAACAGCGAGCGCUGGAAGACUACCACCUUAUCGCCAUUAAUAUGUCCACUUUUGGCCAUGACAUCGUACCUACCUCAACAACAUCCGGCUCCCAGCCGACGGCAACCUCUCUUUGGAGCCAGAUCGAAAGCGGGCUCGGUGAAAUCGGCGACGAGAUCACGGACGAGCUGAACGACAUCCGAAACGACCUCGCGGACCGACUCGCACAAGAACUCGGCAUCUCGCAGUGGUACAGUCUGCACGUCAUGACGGCAUGCGAGGGCAACUUCGCGCCCAAUGCCACUUCGGCAGGUGCCUGGUACAACACCACCAACUGCACCGCACAGUCGACGGGAGUCCAAUUCAACCUCACCGACGUGAUCCAGAAAGAACUCGACGCGGGCCCGCUCAACAUCAGCGCCUCGCUAAUCCCGAUCCCCGACUCGAUCCAAGAAGCCAUCGACUACCUCAACAGCUUCCUGCUCGCCGUCUUCAUCCUCUUCGUCGUCGGCAGCGGGCUCUCGGGCCUUUCCUUCCUUUCCUGCAUCGGCGUCCUGACCCUACGACGCAACGCCAUCGGAAAGGGUGCUAUCGUCAUCAACCUCGUCCUCGCCGCGCUCGCGACGCUCUCCUUCGCCAUCGGAAGCGCCAUCGCAACGGGCAUCUCCAAGAAGGGGGUCUCUGAGAUCAACAACGCAGGCGACGACGUAGGCAUCUCGGCAAUCGAGGGCACCAAGUUCAUGAUCAUCGCCUGGGUCGCGUUCGCCGUCAUGUUCGUGACGACGGCGUUCUGGAGUCUCUCGUGCUGCCUCCCGCGCCGAGGUUCGGGUGGGUCAGCGGCAUAUGGAGAAAAGGGGACCCGAGAGAGCACGGAUAGCAACCGUGGCCUGCUAGGGUUCUUCCGGCGAAAGCAUUGAGGGGACUGCUGACUGUGGCGGCUGUGGAUUAACUUGCAAGGAAGAAAGGGAGGGGAGUUUUGAUUGAAAAAUAUUAUGAUUGACAGGUGCGGCGGCGGCGUUGAAUUUUCAUGAUACCAUGGCUUUUUUU